AUGCCACCCCAGGCCGGCAAGGGCAAAGGCAAAUCCCGAGGCGGCGGCAGCUCAAGUACCUCUAAUCGCGGUCGUAGCCGCAGCCGUAACACGACUCCAGCCUCCAUGAACGACCACAGUUCCUCCGUGUCCGAGCAACAGCUCGCCGCCGAUAGACGAGAGGAUGCCGAACCGGCGACCUAUGCGAAUGUCUUCCAGCAGUUCUUAGUCUCUGCGGAUUCGUAUACGAGUAGUGCGCAACCGUCGCAGUUCGUACCGGCGAUAUCAUCUUUGGACCAGCUCCUGAAGGAUUUGACGGAUUUGAGAGAGCAGGCGGAUAAAAGGAAAUCGACUGUGGAUAGGAAGAUUGUUAAGAUAGAGUUGAAGUUGGAGAAAAUUACAAAGGAAGAAGAGGAGAAGAAGAAUGAGGGCAUUAAGUCUGAGAAGGAAGAUAAAAAGAAGAAGAAGGAUAGAGCUAUGAGCUCGGAAGGUAACAAUCACCGUCCUCAUGCAUUGGGCGCUCAUAGUACAACGUCGCAGAACCCUUCUACUGCACAUAUUAAGGAAGAAGCAGACGAAGGCCGGGCUACGAACACUAAGAAACGGAAAGCAUCCGCCUCGCUUGAAGUCGACGAAAUGGAUGAACAACCAGCAAAAUCACCUAAGAGGGAAGCUGCUGAGGAUGAUCAACCAGGAUCCGAAGACGAUGAGCAACCUCCUCCUAUGGCCACCCUUCUAAUUGCAGAGGAACUAUCCAACGACCCCGCUGACUACGAAAUUGGAACCGUUUACCCGGACACGACUGUUGACGAAAAACGAAAGAUAUUCUCCGUCGCCCAGUAUCCUAUGAUAGAUAUUUCGGACUUGAUACCCGGAGACCCUCCGGAUGAAGACUUUAGUAGAGCCAAGCCGAAUUCACAAAUUGCUAUGAAUACAUUUUCUUCGUAUAUUGAGCCUUAUUUUAGGCUCUAUACGGAGGAGGAUUUGGCAUUUCUGAGGGAGAGAGGUGAUAGAAUCGGACCGUAUCUUAUUCCGGCCCUCGGACGACCAUAUAAGGAUGUGUGGUCCGAGGAAGACGGGUCACCAUACGAACCUACCUCGACAGGUCAAGAACACGUCGCUCUCGGCAAGCCCGAUGAUCUUCGAGAUGAAAUUCUAGCAAAGAAUACUAUUUCUCUCGGCCCGUUGCUUUCUCGAGUUAUGUCAGGUCUUGUUGUAGAGGAUAUUGACGAGCCUACGGUAGCAAGCGGCGUAGGCCUCACCAACGGAGCUGCCGGUGGGCUAGAUGUGAUCAUGGAGAACGCGGAGUCUACUUCAGGAAUAAACGGUAUGACGAAUGGCGCUGGUGGAGAUGAGCCUAGAGGUGCAACUCUACGCCCUGUCGCCGCUACGUCGCUCAAUCUUCCUGAGGGUAUUGUCUCAUCCAAAGACUGGAAGAUAUCCGUCAACAGACCCGAAUUCUCAUCUCUAGAAGAACGUAUCAGGCAAGAGAUGAUUUAUAUGGGAAUGGUUGGCCCGUCUGAUACCUUUCAUUUUGCUGAUAAACAGGACGAUGAAGUUUCAGCACGUCUUCGAGAGCUACAAACUGAGUUGCGAACUGUUUCGAUUCGAAACGGAGCUCGUAAAACGCGACUUGCUGAGCUACUUGGGGAGCAACUUGCUUAUCAGGAAUACGCGACUAUCCUCGAUGACCUGGAUAAGCAAGUUGAUCAGGCGUAUUUGAAACGAACUCGAGGGAUGAAGGCUAAAAAGAAGAAGCCGUUUGCGCAUCAUAACGCCAACGCGGCACAAACGGCACGUCCUGGCAUCGGAGAUAUGGCGAAGACAUUGAUGGAAAGACGAAGGAAGUGGAAGGAUACCGUUGGACCCGUAUUUGAUAAAGAUGUAACCCGGAUUCCCGACAAAACGAUAUUCGACGAGGAUAUCAUGAGAGGACUGGAGGCGAAGGAAGCUACCGGUGAGAGCAUGGAAGACGACUAG